AUGCCUCGCCUCCACUGCACAAUCGUCCUCCUACUCUCCCUCACCGGUCUCCUUCUGCAGCACGCGGCGGCGGCCUCGCCGGCAAUGCCUGACCCGGCGUCGCUCGAGCCGUCGCUGCUCUUCCCUUCAGCCAGCGCCACCCAGGCAGCACUACAACCCACCAGGGCGUCCUCCACCAUCCCGGCAUUCCCCGAGCAGUCCGAAGCUGCCGCCACUUCCUCCGUCUGCCAGCUCGCCCCUUCCCCGCCGCUCCUCCCGGCGGUCCUCGCCUCCUGCAACGCCGGCCGCGGGAAGAAGGGCGCACUCCCGCCGCGUCUCCAGUGCUGCCCGCCGCUGGCCGCGUGGCUCUACGCCGCGUACGCGCCCACUGCGCUGGGAUUAUUGGGAGGAGCCAGAGCAGCCCCCGCGGGGGAGGAGCGUCCGGCGGCGGCGGCAGCGGACGUGGCAGACUUGCUGCCGCUGCUGCCGGACGACGUGGAGGAGUGCGCGGGCGCCGCGGACCGCGCGCUGCGGGCGUCCGGAGCCACGCUGCCGCUGCCGCCGCCGCAGGUUAAUGGCAAUGGGACGUCAUCGUGCGACGUGGCCUUCUGCUACUGCGGGAUCAGGCUGAGGCGGCCGGUCUGCGCGGUGCCAUCCGGGAGGGCGGCGAGGAGGCUGGAGAGGGACUGCGCACGGCCGGGGCUCGCCGCCUGCUCCCGGUGCCUCCGGGCGCUCAACCUGCUGAUCGCCGGUGGAGACCACAAGAACGCCACGUCAUCGAAGUCGAAGCAGGAUGGCCGGUCACGGCAGCGUGACUGCCAGCUCAUGGGGCUGACGUGGCUGCUGCAGCGGAACGCCACCCGGCACCGCGUGGCUGCCACGGCCGUCCUCCAGGCCCUCAUGGCGGCCGACGAGGCGGGCACUACCAGCCCAACGGCGACGUGCUCGCUCCCCGUCGAUGACAUGCCGCUCGCCGUCGCGUCUUCAGAGAUAAACGGCGCCGCAGAUUUGUCCGCCGUGGGCCGUCUCCUUCGCGUGCUACUGGGCGCCUCGGCCGUCAUCUUCUCGUGGUGCAUCUGAUUAAAGUUUGAUCGAUCUUCGCUGCACGUACGGUCUCUUCUUCUUAAUUUAACUAGUUCUUUGCCGUUCAUUCUCAUGUGAGUUCCUGGAAGGCUAGAGAUUGGAAAGUGGAUUUUAUUACUGUAAUUAUAUGUUGUCCUGGUGCUAAAUCUGAGUGCGCAUUCCCUGGUAGGUUAUUUUUUUCGUUACAGAUCUUUUGCUAUUAGGACGGCUCUCAAGCGAGAUUUUGGGAGGAAUUUUAGCUCGGAGGUCGUCCCCUUCGAGAGCAAUAUCACUUCAUGUUUUCAUUGUGGCGUAACAAGCGUGACACUUUGGCUCA